AAAAUAAGCUUAAAAUUACUUUUGUAACAUCUCGAGCCUCGUUUCCCCCUCACUGAAACAAACAUGUUCGGUGAACAAGCGACCCAAUGGUUUCCUCACGGAAUACCUGAAUCGAAUUUCGGACUCGCUCCUUCACAAGGUCAAUACGACAAUAAGAUUCUUCACGACCAAUACCCAUACCAGAGCGAACCAAAUCCAUCGAGCUAUCCACCAGACAUUAUCGCUCCCGGUCUGGGGUCAUUUGGCAUGUUCCAACCAAGUGCCUACCCACAACAGCAGCUGCAGAAUUUCUCGUCGGAUAAGCAGACUCCUGAGCCAUCGAUCGAGCCCCUUUCAGUUUCUCCCAAGUCGCUCAGUUUUUACGGCCCACAAAUGACCGGACCCCUUACUCCGACCGUUUGCCGUGCGCCACACUUCAGCCAACUGAUUGAUUCAGAAAUCCCCAAAAACAGCUUCGGUUUAAUGGGAUACUGCUCUCCGAAUCCAACUACAAAAUGUGAGCAAAUUGAGAGCGCAAAUUUGGAAUACCAGAAUGCAAUAGGUUAUCAAAUAAACAACGAAAAUGUUGGGCACAGAAAAGAACAGAUCAACUAUGUCUUCAGCCAAAAUUUUCAAUCCGAUUUCGGUAGUAACAUGACUGCAGUAAACCCUCCUGCCACCGUUGGAAGCUCUCAGCUUGACCAACUUGGUUUACUGGGUCCUGAUAUCAACAACUUCCUCGACUCAUUCUUCAAGGACCCUGGGUCAAUGCCGAUUGACCCAACGAGAGAAACUUCUGUGCCCGGUUUGAAACUCCCAAAUGUGAACUCCGCAAAUGAAGUUGGGCUUAACUCACCAAAAAGAAAUCACAUUGGUGUAAAUACUUAUCAGAGGUCAGAUAAAGAUUAUCAAACUGGGGUCUUGAAACCACUUCAAAAUAUAACGCAACAAGCUUCAGACAAGGUUUUGGUUCCACUGCAGAACGUAGCUUACGAGAAGGAAGCCAAACCGGUUUAUAAAGAGCAUUCCACGUACCUCCAUAGCGGUACGCCCGAGAUUCUAGAACUUCCGAGAAUUGCUCGCAAUCCUCCAAAACACUUCUCCGGCGGCUCUGGAACUGGUCAAGUUCAAAAACGCAAGCUUUCAGUGGAGGAAGCCGACCAAAGAUUCAUCUCUUGCCGCACCAUCAAAACUACUCGUCGGGUGGUCACAGGUGGUAAAAAUUCUCGAGGAACCUCAACAUAUUGUCCUUUGAUCACAGUAUCAAUUCCCUCAGUGCCUUGGAUUCCAGAAGUUAAUUCCGGACCAAAAACAAACUCAAAAAAUUCCAGCUUCCGUCGUAGUAAACUAGGUCAGGCUCUCAGAAAGAAGGCCAAAAUAGAAAAACAUUAAAAUUCCAUAUAAACCGUACACUUCUGGGAGAAAACCCUAGGAAAUAGGGGCCGAAGAAUUUUACCUCCCAG